AUGAUGGAUAAUGUUUCUGUCAUAACAAUACUCUUUCUCUCAGGUUUAAAUGAAACAAAGAACCACAGAUUUACUCUUUUCUCUCUCACUUUACUGUGUUAUUGUGUCAUUCUGAUGGUGAAUAUUUCUCUUAUUCUCACCAUCAUCUUGGACAAAAACCUCCAUGAGCCAAUGUAUAUUCUGUUGUGCACUUUCUGCAUGAAUGGACUUUAUGGGACGACAGGUUUCUACCCUAAAUUUCUCUGGGAUCUGCUCUCUCCUGCUCAUGUCAUCUCUUACUCUGGAUGCCUGCUUCAGGCUUUAGUAAUGUACUCUUUUGCCUGCAGUGAACUUGCUUUUCUUGCAGUGAUGGCAUAUGACAGAUAUGUGGCUAUAUGUCGACCACUGGAGUACCACUCUAUCAUGUCGAAGCAGAGACUCUUCAAGUUAGUGUGUUUCUCUUGGUUAACACCUCUCUGCAUCAUAGGUACAAAUAUUUUUCUAACAUCUAGAUUAAAGUUAUGCAGCCCGUACAUCGCCAGACUCUUCUGUGUGAACUGGAUUAUUGUCACACUUGCUUGUUUCCCAAAUGAAACUAUUGUUAACAACAUAGUUGCGUACAUAACGAUACUGAUUUAUGUUUUUCAUGGCGUUUUUAUAAUUUGGUCCUACAUGUAUCUCAUUAAAACAUGUGUCAGUUCUAUAGAAAACAGGGCAAAGUUCAUGCAGACAUGUGUGCCACAUUUACUCUCUUUACUCACUUUUCUUUUUACUGUUCUUUUUGAUGUGAUGAAUAUGCGAUUUGCUUCAAAAGAUUUACCUCAAACCUUUCAAAACUUUGUUGCAAUAGAAUUUCUUGUCAUACCUCCCAUCAUGAAUCCUCUCAUUUAUGGUUUCAAAUUGACCAAAAUUCAGAACAGAUUUUUGAAUGUUGUCAGUUUUAAGAUUAAAUGA